GCCAUUCUCAUUGCAUCUUCACAGUUUCGCAGGAGUGCGAGGGAAGAGCGCAGGGAAGGCAGUCCUGCGACACUGCAUGAUCCGAUCUGAAGAUGCUGGUGCGCUCCGCCAGCCGACGACAGCAACGGCACACCUGUCGCGUCCUCGCCGCUUCCUUCGCCCAGCUCUCUCUGCCAUGGCUGGCUCCAGCACAACUACGAUGGAACGCAACACAUCCAUCACCGACGCCUUCUCAGACAACGGCAUCGACGCACCGCCAUCGAUCACGAAGACCUUCACUUCCCACAUCGCAGCUUCGGCAGCUCGCAACAGCUGCUGAUACCCAUUCUUCGACGAGCACGCCGUUCGAAUCGACUCAUACUUCGACGAGCACAUCUUUCGAAUCGACUCAUCCUUCGAGGAUCGACCGAUUAAAAUCGAACUUCCGCGCCUCCAACCACGAUGACUACGUUCCUUUCGAUUUCUCCGGCUCUCAUUUUCUUGCAGGGCCGAGCGAUCCGAUUAUACUUAAUUCACCAUUAAAAGCUGCCGAUACGGUCAUUCGUGUGAACAGAUAUGUCCAUGGAUCCGCAAAACAGCUCCUGGGCCAUUUGCAUACCAGCCUUUCAGUGGGGAGACGGGAUCGUGCCGCAGAAAUUGUACAGAGACUUGCUCAGCAAUGCGGUCCGCAAUCGGAAGAGGCUGUGCACGCUCACUGGCUGUAUUUAGACGACUUGCGCGAGGCUGUGAGGCGGCAUGGUCGAGACUCGCCGCAGACUGCAGUCCUGCUCAGUCAGAUGCAGAAAUGGUUCGAGGUCGAAUUACGGAGCAAAGGCACGCAACCUGACGCCAACAUUCUGAUCACGAUGAUGCGGGCAUCAAUAUCUGGACUGGAAGGCUCACGGCGAGACCGCUCGAUACGCAGAUAUGCGGACAUUGCACAGCAGCUGGGUGACGAUGUCUUGAACGAGGUUCUACUCUCAGAAGUCUACAACGACAUUGAAUACGCGAUUUUGGGUCGUGCUACCGCGGAUUUCUACGAGGAGGACGUUCCUCUACAGCAGGCUGUGGAAGACAUCUUGCAGGGAGCCUCCGACAACAAGGAAGAAGCGCGUGUCAGGCAGGAGGAACUGGAUAUGUCAGCGGUGCCAGAAGUGCUGCAAACAGAGCAAAAAGGAACUGGGCUGGAAAAUAUCAGAAAGAGCAUGAACGUAUUCUCAGAAUUACCCACGUUGCCAGUUGACGCCGGCAUCGAAGCCCGUCGAGAACUGGCAUACAAGCGGCAACGGCUCUUGGAAGAUACUGCAGUUGAUGUGGCGAUUGAUCGAUGGAAGAAGGCCGACGAGGAUUUGCGCAAAGUAGGAAUCCACACUUCCAUGCAGAGCAAACCUGUUGCUGCGUUAAUGUGGCAAUGGUAUAGCCAGCUGCUACCAGCCUUGCAACAAGAGCUUGCCGAGGUCAAGAAGGCAAUGGAGGGUGAUAUGACCGAUGCAGACCGGGUCGCUUAUGGUCCUUACCUGGAGCUCUUACCACUUGAAAAAGUAGCUGCUGACACUAUUCUCUAUGUCAUGACACGCAUGGCUUCCGGCAAGAACAAAGCAACCAAUCAGUAUGAGAGUGAGGCGAAGCUAGCACCUCUCGCGCUCAAUCUGUCGCGAUUGCUCGAGUCCGAAGUUUUGGCCGUUGUUGCUGGUGGUAGCAAAAAGUCUGGCAAAGCGAGCAGCAAGUCAAAGCUUCGGAGCCAAGCAAGACGAGUGUUCGAAAAGGGGCUCGCAAAGUCGAAGUCCAAUUCGAAAGCACGACAACAGAAAUUGAAACAGGCAGAGUUGACUCAAAUGGAAUGGCCGUUAGCUGUUCAUGUCAAAUUAGGCGCCAUGCUGUUAUCUAAGCUGAUGCAGAGCGCUCAGCUUCCAGUCACCAAGGAACAUCCGCGGACGAAAAUGCAGAUCACGCAAAUGCAGCCCGCAUUCCUUCAUCGCAUGAAGUAUUCUCGCGGCAAGAAACUCGGCGUGGUGAUGCCAAAUCCAGCACUGAUGGAGAAGAUUCGAAGCGAGCCGGUGGGCAGUCUUAUUGCAAAAAGAAUGCCCAUGGUCGUGGAGCCUUUGCCCUGGACAGGCUGGGAUCAAGGCGGAUAUCUGCACUAUACGAAUCCCAUAUUGCGACUAGCAGCCGGAGAUAAAUCUGCCAAAGACUACUUUCUGGCAGCGGACGAGCAGAACGAUCUUAGCACGCUGUACAAGGGGCUUACGGCGUUGGGGAAGGUGCCAUGGAAAGUUCACCAAGGCGUUUUCAAGGUGCAGUUGGAAGCUUGGAACUCAGGAGAGGCAGUCGCCAAUUUUGCGCCACUCAACCCUGACUAUCAAAUGCCUCCAGAACCGGAUGCAUCCGCUGAUCAGCAGCAACGGAGACUAUGGGCCCAGGAGUGCCGCGAAAUCGCCAAUCGUCGAAGUGGAAAUCACUCCAAGCGCUGUUUCCAGAACUUCCAGCUCGAAAUCGCUCGCAGUAUGCUGAACGAGACCCUAUACUUUCCCCACAAUCUCGAUUUCCGUGGACGAGCUUAUCCCAUCCCCCCUUAUCUCAAUCACAUGGGCGCGGACAAUGUCAGAGGUUUGCUCGUGUUUGCAGAGGGCAAGGAGCUCGGCGAGAACGGUCUGAGAUGGUUGAAGAUCCACACAGCCACGGUCGCGGGCCACGAUAAAGCGAGCAUGGAAGAGCGUGUCGAAUUCACUAUGAAGCACCUAGACGACAUAUACGAUUCGGUCCGAAAUCCUCUGGAUGGACGCAGAUGGUGGCUACAAGCAGAAGAUGCGUGGCAAACGCUCGCGGCUUGUUUCGAGCUUGUGGCCGCACUGGAAUCCCCCGAUCCCGCAAAGUUUGUCUCACAUUUGCCGGUCCAGCAAGAUGGAACCUGUAACGGUCUGCAGCAUUACGCCGCAUUGGGUGGUGACAGAGCUGGUGCUGCGCAAGUCAACCUCGAGCCUAGCGAUCGCCCCGCUGAUGUCUACACCGCAGUGGCUGAGGUCGUGAAAGCCGAAGUAGCGAAAGACGCUGCGGAUGGCGAUCCGAUUGCUCAAAGGCUGAACGGCCGCAUUACCAGGAAGUGUGUGAAGCAGCCAGUCAUGACGAACGUCUAUGGCGUCACGUUCUUCGGUGCUCGUUUGCAGGUGAGGAAGCAGCUGGAAGCCAUUUUCCCCGAGGUCAAUGCGCACGAUGCUGUUAACUUGGGUCAUAAGUCGCAUUACGUCGCACUAAAGAUCUUCAAGUCUCUCGGCCAGAUGUUCACUGGUGCACAGGCUAUUCAGAACUGGCUCGGCCAAUGUGCGGACCGGGUGGCUACGUGCCUGACUCCGGAACAAGUAGCCUCAUUGAAGAACGAGACGAAGGUCCUGAGGCGCGGGAAGAAACAGAUAAAGGACGACAAAUCCGGCGGUGUCAGGCCACAUGGAGCACCCGCGACUUCUAGCAACGACAAGGCUACAGCAAGCAAGCCACUGUUUAAGUCGACAGUAGUUUGGACGACACCCAUGCGCCUUCCUGUGGUCCAGCCUUACCGGGCAGCGAAAUCGAAGCUGAUAACCACUAAGCUGCAAUCGAUGGCCAUCCAGGAUCCUCAAGCCUGGGAUCCGGUGAGCAAGCGCAAGCAGCUUCAAGCGUUCCCGCCGAAUUUUAUUCACUCUCUCGACGCAACGCACAUGUUGCUCAGCGCUCUCAAGUGCACUGAAAACGGCAUGACAUUUGCGAGUGUCCACGAUUCUUUCUGGACCCACGCUUGCGACGUCAAUCGCAUGAGCGAGGUACUUCGUGACGCGUUCGUCGCCAUGCACAGCGAAGACAUCAUCGGGAGACUACGGGAGGAGUUCGAGACCAGGUACAAGGGGCAUAUGUACAUGGCGACUGUCCUUGCAGACAGUCCUGUAGGGAAACGGAUUAUCCAGCAUCGGAAGGAAGUGAAAGAGGAGGCGAAACAGUCGAAAGCGGUAUCGAUUCCGAGCGAGCUGGCUUUGGAAGCUGAACGAAUGCGGUUGCUGCAGAGUGAAGACGCGCAAGAACGACUCAAAGGUGAAGCGAUGAUCACGCCUGGCAGCAUCCUGAGCGCCGAGUCCGACCCAGCUGCCUUUGCCCCGGCCACAGAGCUGGCAGGUGUAACACUGGGCGAGAUGCCUGUAAAUCCGGCACACGUGGAGGAGGCUCCCGUCGAUGAGACCGAUUCAGAGACAACGGUAGUCGACGAGGCUGCCGAAACAGACAUGGAAGUGUCUGAGUCAACGAACAACGGCGGUGAAGAAUCUAAGUCGGAGGGCAAGAAGACGACGAAGGAAAAGAAAACUACGCCGAAGAAGCUCUAUGUUUGGCUUCCGCUGACCUUCCCGGAAGUGCCUGCCAAGGGCGAUUUCGACGUGCGACGACUGCGCGAGAGUCGAUACUUCUUCCACUGAGGAAGUGAAGGCGUGUAAUUUAUUGUAAUAUUUGCAGCAUGUGAGCGUUAUGGGAAUGAGGGGCGGUAAAGCUGCAUAGCGAUGGCGUUGGCAAGAAAGGGAACGGCAUUGACCACAAAAUUAUGCUGUAUUGUAUGAUAUGAUACCACUGCGAGAGGACCUUAGUGUAUGCAUAGCACGCUGUACUCAACGAUACGUCGGAACAUGAA